AUGUUGGGUGACGCACCAUCCUCAUCAGGUCAGAGGUUCCCGCAUAACUAUAUUCCGAGCAAGUUGGGAGGAGUACAGUCUGAUCGGCAUUUAUCUGUUCAAACUGGUGAGGAAUGCUCAAUGGAGUUUCUUCAUGAUCGGGCAGCCUCCAGGGGACCUCCGGUGAGACCAAAUGCAGAUCGGUUCUACACGAAGAGGAUGGGGCUCAACUAUAAACCGAACCUUCAUCAGGCCUGCGAAGAUCUCACCGGCUUUCCUGGGCUUAGACGAACAGAAUCUGACUGCGUGUCUGAUGUCGAAAGGUCUUGCCGGAUGAAGAUGGAUGGUAACAGAGCGUCCCACCACGCCCGAGCCGCUUCAGAGGAGGCCAUUCCAUCUCCUUUUCUGGCGAUUUCCAUUCAAGAAUUGCGAAGCCAUCCCUGUUCAGCGGGAAGCAUCAAUGGCUUACUUCAACCUGACAAGCUGAAAUUUCUGUGCAGCUUCGGAGGAAAGAUCUUACCGAGGCCUAGCGACGGAAAACUAAGAUACGUAGGGGGGGAGACCCGGAUCAUCUCGACUAGCAGGAACCCCUCCUGGGUGGAGCUCAUGCAGAAAACUCAACGUAUUUGCAACCAGUGCUACACCAUCAAGUAUCAGCUCCCUGAAGAGGACCUCGAUGCUCUGAUAUCAGUUUCCACCGACGAAGAUCUUCAGAAUAUGCUUGAAGAGUACCGCGGGCUCGACAAUGUCAAUGGAUCACAGAGAAUUCGUAUAUUUCUUAUAGUUUCAAAUGAGGCUGAAAACUCCUCCUGUGACGCAAGAAUCGCUCAGAAUAGAUCAGAAUAUCAGUAUGUUGCAGCUGUUAAUGGAAUAAGCCCAGGGAAAAGCUCGAGUGGAGACAGCCCGAACCAGUUGGAGCAUGCUCUGGAUGGCUCUCUAAUCUUGUUCCAUGAAUCGCUUGGUUCCCAUCUCUCUUCUGACAUUGUUGAUGGAAGAAAUACGUCAAGCCCAGAUGGAAUAUACUUGAAUCGUCCUUCUCAGGCAUUUCUUACAUCCCAAACUGCAACCCCGACCCUUUCACCUCCAUUUUCUCCCAGGCAAGUGGAUCCCAUGGAUUCGAGAAUCUUUGGAAAGCAGUCAACAUACGAGCAGCCUCUGACCGAUCAAUCCUUUGAAAACCAUGAUGGGAUGGAGGAUGGGCGUCGUACUUAUGGGUUCUCCAAGCAUCUUCCUUACUUGCAUAAUGACGCUGAGGUUUCAAAACAACCACACGGGAUUCACUUCAAACAUCACAUCGAAAGACCUGCACACGAGGAGAGGGCCUUCCAUUCUGAGAUGCUUUCUAAAGAGCAGAACAAUCUGAAAGGUAUAUCAUCAGGAUCAAAUGAGUUCGUUGGUUCCAACCUUGGAAUUCCCCAUGCAUUCUCUGAUCCAGUGCUUCCAGACCAUGCUGGGAAUAGUUCUUCCUCUCAGGAAGAAGGAACGCUAUUGCCCUUGAGCUUUUCAAAACCACAGUUCGCCCAAAAAUCAUGUAGAGAAAAUAUGAUAGAUUCGACGAUUCUAGAAAGCAAAGAAAUCAACAAAUUACAGGUUAUAAAGUCGGAAUAUGCAGAUUCUUUUGAAUUUCUAGAUACCACUUACAUGAAUUUGGAUUAUUCUGACAAAAGACAUCAAGAGGACAAUGUUUAUUAUGCAAAUUCCAGACCACAAUACUAUAAUGGCCCACGUGCCUUAAAGCACAUUGAAGAGAAAGGAGCUCUGCUGGGUGCUGACACUAAUAUAAGAGAAGGUGAUGCCAUAUGUAAGACCGAAGUGAUUGGCUCAAAUGAUCACAAAAUUGGUUUCCGCGGUGCUCACCUAUCCUCACAAGAGUUGGAUGCAUUAGAGAGGUGUGUUCCUGCAUCUUCCUUCAUUGUUUCAGGAUCUUCCUCAUCUAUUGAAGAGCAUUUCAGUUGUAAUCAGACUGACCAUGCCGAGUUGGGGAUUCUGGUCUCGGAUUAUAAGACUAGCAAAAGUCAACCCAGCAGUUUUUCUGGGGAAUUAGGUGGCAAUAAUGAAUACAAAGCAGAAAGAAUUAUCGGUAUAAGGCCUCAUUAUUCAUGGGUCAAUAGUUCUUCUGAAAUUUUCCUUACAGAUAAAUACCCCGUUGGUGGCAUGGAAGAACAACGUAGAAAUGAAAAUUCAAGUGAAAUAGCUAGCGUAUCAUCAUCCACGAACUCGAUUUCUCUUCUUUCUCCUGGUAUUAUACCUGUUGACUCAAGCAGUCUCCAUGAAUCAGAAGUUUCAAGUUCAACAACUUCAGUUCCACUCGUCCUGUUCAGCAAGGAUGAUCAGAGCUUGAACUUGUGUACCGAUGACCCUCCUAAUCGAACCUCACCUCAGAGCCCACCUAUAGAUCAAACUUUGAUGAGAGGAGUUUCUCUUCUUGAUCAGGACUCUCUGAAUCAUCCCAGUCCUCAGGUUCAAGCAACAUUUGAUUCUAAAUCACAGAAGACUGAAUACAGACAACUGAAAACUGAGUUGAACGAUAAAGCUCCUAUCAAGGGACACGUUGCAGUUAAAGAUGUAACAGCUGGUGUGUCUUCGGACAUCCCACUAUCCCCAACUAUAGUACCCCGUGUAACGCAUCAAGCUACUCGAGAAGUCGACGUCUAUAAUACAUCAAGCAUCACCCUUGAAUAUGAAUGUGAGGUACGUGAGUGGCAACAACAUGCUGAUGUUUUCCCACGUGAACCCUGCUGGCGCCAUAACAGAUUUCUGAUUCGUGCUCCUAUUAUCCAGGAAGACAUUGUGGAGGAUCCCUACAUAUCCAUCAGUGAUGCUGCAAUAGCUGAAAUAGAAGCUGGGAUUUAUGGUUUGCAGGUUGGACUCUGUUCCAAUAUCAUUCAUGAGUAAAGUACAUAUUCGACAAGUCUUUAGAACACAUGAAUGUGCUACUUAUGUUCCCAAACAUUUUAAAUUAUUCUUUCCGAACAACGUCUGAUGUGAAGUUAAGACACAAUAUCUGAUUCCAUAGUUCGGUAAGUGAUGAGGACAAAAAACGCCAACCCGCCAGAGUGUAACAUGCGUAAGAAAAAAAAUUUAAUGGACAACAUACCAUCUUCGGAAAAUAUUAGAAAGUUACAUGUAAAUUUCCUUUAAUCAACGUGUCACUUAUGUGAGUUCCCUAUGUAAUUUUUUUUUAUUGACAUAUGUUCCAUGCAAUUCAUAUUAAAAGCUAUUAUUUUAUUUUUUGUGCUUUUUUUUACUUACUGUUGUAUGGUUCUAAACCAUUACCAGCGUCUAGGUACUCACGGCCAGUUAGCACAGUCUAUUGUGUCUUAAUUUUGUAAUUAUGGAUGAAAAAGAUUGUGGGCAUUUUUCGAGAUUCCUGGGAAAUGUAUUCACUUGCCGUUAGCAGUACUGUGGCCAAGGAUAGGUUGGCGUGUAUUAAAAAAGGUCGGGAAUAAAGUGCAUCCAAUCAUAUGUUAUUGUAACAUAAAUGUGUACUUCCAUUUUCUUUACUGAAUAUUUCAGAUUCUGAUGGGCAGAUCAUAAAGAAUGCUGAUCUUGAGGAAUUACGAGAAUUGGGGUCAGGCACAUUUGGGACUGUGUACCACGGAAAAUGGCGGGGUACAGAUGUUGCCAUAAAACGAAUAAGAAAGAGCUGCUUUUCAGGGAGAACAUCUGAGCAAGAGCGCUUGGUAUGUAAUUUUAAGAUUUCAGGUUUAAGUUGGCCAGCAAUUGAUGUACUUAUUACAAAAUGUUCUCAUUCCUACUUUUUUUAAUUUCUAAAGGGACACUGGCAAAUAGAAACACUAAAAUACUUUCGAGCUAUCAACCCUCGAUGCAUCCUCAAACCCUAGAUAAUAUCACGAAUCAAUCUUUCGCCAUUAACCAUGGAUAAGGUUUAUGAGUCUUAAGGAAAGUUUCUAGUUCUUAACAUUUCUUAUACUACAUCAAUCCCAACUCUGCUUCAUCGUGAUUCUGCUUUUUAGCGUUUUAAUGUCUACUAUUUUAAGAACCUGACGAAAUUUGGCACAUUAAAACUUCGGCAGACAAUGGCUGACCGCCUAGUGGAAAAUGUGAUCCUUGUUACAUUAUUCCAUUGCCACUGCAGACUAAAGAUUUCUGGAGAGAGGCACAUAUUCUCUCAAAGCUUCACCAUCCAAAUGUGGUAGCCUUCUAUGGAGUGGUUCCAGAUGGGGCUGGAGGGACCCUGGCCACUGUGACGGAAUAUAUGGUGAAUGGUUCACUUAGGCAUGUUCUAAUACGAAAAGACAGGUAAUUAUUCUCUACUCAUGUUAGCCAUAUUAUGUUCCAAAGUUAGGCUCAUGCGCCAAAUUCCAUUGCAGGUCACUUGACCGUCGGAAAAGGCUCAUGAUUGCAAUGGAUGCUGCCUUUGGCAUGGAGUAUUUGCAUUCAAAAAACAUUGUUCAUUUUGAUCUGAAAUGCGAUAAUUUACUGGUUAAUAUGAGGGACCCCCAGAGACCUAUAUGCAAGGUGAAUGCUCCAUUUUUGUCUGCUUUUCUUCCGUUCUCUAGUCCAUUUGAUGAAACUUAAGAUACAUCGACACACUUUUCUUCUGCAUCGUGGUUUAAAAUGGACUCAGAUUCUAUAUGUACAAAAGGGAGUUCAGUAAGAACGUGGGUGGUUCUCUGAAGAAAUUUUAUUUUAAACUUCGAAUUGGUCUCUAGGAGGAUUUAGAUGCGGGCGUUGUUUAAGACAUGAGAAUUAUGUUUGGAUAUGUAAAUAUGUACGAAUGUCGACUCAAACAUAUUACAAGCUCAAACCUGGGUUUAUGCUCGGCCAAGCUUAAAUCUCCCGAUUCAGCGCAAAGAAGCAGCAAACCCAAGGAAGCCCCAACUAAUUUGUUUUGAUUUACUAGAUCUAUAUGGCUUUGUUUGAGAGAGAGAGAGAGAGAGAGAGAGAUUCUUGUACCAGAACUUCCAUAACUUUUCCCUGUUUUCUUUCAGGUUGGGGACUUUGGCUUGUCAAGGAUUAAACGCAACACCCUAGUCUCAGGUGGUGUACGAGGAACCCUCCCGUGGAUGGCACCAGAGCUGUUGAAUGGGAGUAGCAACAGGGUUUCUGAAAAGGUAAGGCAGAGUAAUCGUCCGAAAAAAGGUGAGCCAAACUUAUGCACGGUGAUCUAGUGAUUAAUGCAGAGCUUUGCAGGUUGAUGUCUUCUCGUUUGGGAUAGCCCUUUGGGAGAUCCUUACAGGAGAGGAACCUUAUGCUAACAUGCAUUGUGGCGCAAUUAUUGGUAAGUCUUCCAAAAAUAAAGCAGGUCAUAUGGGCAGUGCAGAUUUUUACAUUCUCUGCCAUAGAAUGCAAGUUAUUGUAAAUUCUUCUUCUUCUUUUUUUUUUCUAGUGGUUGACUUCUAAAUACUUGCACCUUCACAUGUGAAGGAGGAAUUGUGAGCAACACCCUUCGACCACCUAUCCCAGAUUACUGUGAUCCAGAAUGGAAAAGACUCAUGGAACAAUGCUGGUCACCUGAUCCUGCAGCACGCCCAUCAUUCACAGAGAUCACACACAGGUUGCGCUCAAUGUCAAUGGCUCUUCAGACAAAAAGGUCGUAG